AUGACGUCCACCGCUGUCAACAGGCCGACCGACACAAAGGUGAAAGAGCGCGACAUCAACAACAAGCUGCAGCUCUAUGGCAUCUUCACUGCGUUCUCGAACGGCAAGAUCCCAUCAAACAAACAAAUCGAUGUCGCGAUCAACAGCGCCCUCGCGUCCCGCGGACUUUCCUCGCCAUCGAAGAAGCUCUCACCCGAAGGUCAGAAGCUCGUCGGCGACCUACGCGAUGCCAUCGAACAGGCCAAGAUCCUCCUGCUCACAAAGAACGAUGGCAAUCUAUUACAAGACUUCAUCUGGCAGACGCAGCACAUGAGCGGUGGCAACGCGCAGAAGCCCGGGGCACCAAUCGACAGGGGUACCGCGCAGCAGCAUGGCAACGAGGCCUUGGACGGCCUGCGAACACUGGGAACGCUUAUCCUCUCCAACGGCCAAUUCAGGAAGCUUUUGAACGAUGCUUCCAUCCUCAUCCGCGACAUGGCUGGCGACGCGGCACAGAACGCGGCCCAGCGUGUACAACCGUCUGAGGACGAGCUCAAUCAAAUCGACCGUCCUGCAGACGACAACGAGUGGCACGACGUUCCCGACAUGUCGAGGGACAAGCUGAGGCAGCAGGCCAAGAGCAAGUUCAACCAGCAGAAGCCGUUCAGCCGAGGUGACAUGCAAGAGGCCCUUGGCGAUGCAACGCAGGCUGCUCACCCAUCCGGUUCCCGCGACCCUGCCGAUGCUGCUAAUAAGGGCAUCAAAUCUGGUGUCGACAACCUCAAGAGCAAGAUGGAUCAGAACGUUCCGCAAGAGACCAAGGAGAAGACCCGCCACUACAACGAGAAGACGCGCAACUACCUCAAAGAGAAGUUGCCUGAGGAGCGUCGCAAGCAGGCUGUGUAUCGCCUGAAAAAGAUGGUCGUCGAGAUUCAAGGCCAUGAGGAUUACCUCCGCGCCGUUGAUACUCUACUUCGCCUCGCCGAGGAGUACACUGGCCACACGAAGAGCAUGGCUCAGCAGGGUACUGGGGCGGUGAAAGGUGCUCACGCUGAUGAUAGCUUGAAGACCGCAGAGGCUGACCUGAAGACGCUGAUUGAGCGCUUCGCCAACUACACCUCCAUGGAUGACUUGUUCGACUCGAUCAACGCGGUCUACCGCGACGCUGACCGUGAUCCUGAGCUCAAAGGCUGGUUUAAGCACCUCAACCGCUACGUCCGCAAGUGCCUAAAGGAACAGGGCUACAUUAUGCAAGAUUCCGCUACCGAGGAAUGGAACGAAAUUUACGACCAGGGACAUUUCCUUCUCCGUGACCGCUAUCGCAACCACACCGACCGCAUUGUCGAUGAAAUCAAGUUCUUCGCGAAGCAGUUCGAUGAGGAUUCCCAGAACAAGGCCUUUGCCGAGUCCAUGAACAAGCUGUUCAUGGAUCUGGGCAACGACGAGAACGGCAAGCCCACCUUCAAGCCGCACCUUCUCAAGGACCUCAGGGAUGUGGUUGUGCCUGCCAUCUUCGAGAACAUCCGUUACGUUCCGAUCCCGCGUAUCGAGUACUCUGACCCCAUGAUUGAUGCCGUUGUCGAGAAUCUUGUCAUCGAGGGUGACAACCUGGCGCCCAAUGUGGUUGAGUUUGGCAGUGAUAACUACUGGCGCUGGGGCCGCAAGAAGGUUGCCAGCAAGAGCAAGAACAAGGUUAUGCUCUCGGUCUCCGGUGUUCAGAUGGAUUUGAAGGAUGUCAGCUACUAUGUCCGUAAGAAGCAGGGCUUCCCUUCGGUUACUGACAAGGGUGUCUGUGACAUCUUUAUGGGUGGCCAAGGAUUCAGCUUCAAGGUCGAGAUGGAGAACGCUGAUGCGACCGAUCGCACUCACUUCUUCAAGGUCAACCGGGUUGCUGUUGACGUCAAGAACUUGAACGUCAAGAUGAAGCAGUCUAACCACAAGCUGCUCUUCAACAUCUUCAAGCCGCUCCUGUUCAAGGUUGUUCGCCCUGCCAUCCAGAAGGUGCUUGAGAAGCAGAUCAAGGACAAUAUCAACCAGCUUGACGGCAUCAUGUAUAAGGUCCACUCAGAAGCCAAACGGGCUGAGGCUGAGGCUAAGCGCAACCCGGAUCCGCAGAACAUCCAGAACAUUUACCAGCGAUACCUCACUGCUGCCCAGAAGGAGUUCAUGAAGGGCAAGCAGAAGAAGGACGAGGUCGCUGCCGACAAGAAGGUCAACAUGGCUGUCACACAGCACGACUCCAUCUUCAAGGAUAUCCAACUGCCCGGUGGUAUCUCUACCAAGGCUACCGAGUACAAGGAUCUUGCCCGCAAGGGUGACAGAUGGGAGUCACCUGUCUUCAGCAUCGGCUCGGCCGGCCCAACCUCCAACCUACCGAAGGUUUCCCAGGUGCAACGCAAACCACACAAUGUCACCGAGGGUGGUGUCCGCGGCAGCAGUGGUGCUCGCGACUAUGCCGACGAUGAGACCAACUACGGCAAGGCUGGUAGUCAGGGCUACGGUGGUCAAGGCUACGACAAUACCGGCAGCACUGGCUACGGCAGCAGCGGUUACGACACCGCCAACACCGGCUAUGGUAGCACCAAUGGCACUGCGCAGUUCUCGAACCAGGUCAGCAGCGCCUUCGAUGGCACGAACGAUUACUCCCUCGGCAAGGGCGGCAUGAACGGCGCCGUUGAGCCCCAGCUCAUCACCCCAACACAGCACACCACGCUCGGCACGCACAACCCCGUGCUGACCGGCACUGUUUAG